UCUGCUUUUAGCUUACUCACAGUAGAAUGGCGGCCGCUGCCUGCGGUCCUCGCGUCUGUCCGAGGACUAAUUCAGCCAAACCACACAAAGAACACCUGCGAAAAACCCGGGAUUCCCGUCGCAGACAAGCAGCACUAUUGUUUCUCACCAAUAUAUCCUUGGACGGGCGACCGGUUUACAACCUAAGCAAUGGAAUCGUUGGCCCCAGGGAAGCCGAGAGCCGGUGUGUAGAUGUCGGUGUGUCGUCGUCGGUGACGGGUCCCCCUCUGUCGACAUCCAGCAGCUACGGAACCUUCACACAAGUGACAUCCUCCAUCAGCGGAGGAACUGCGACCCCUAUACCAAACACAUACCCUGCUCCUCUGAGCCCCCCUCCAGCAUUAAACCAAGGGAGCAGCGACGUUUUUACUGAGGAUGGACGAGCAGAUCCUUUGUCAGUCCAGGCACCCCCUCUUUCACCGACCUCUGGACCGCUGAAUCCGGUUUUAGGAUCAAGUAAACCACCCAGCCAAUUCCCGGGCUCCAACCCUGUGCCUGAUCCCCGUCAAAGGACACGUAACCUUUCUGGGUCUCCGGGGCCAAAGGUUUCCAAGAAAGUUCACUUCAUCAAGAAUAUGAGACCAUAUGAUACUCGAGGGAGUAGGGUUGUGCUGAUCUGUGCCAAGAGAUCCCUGUGUGCUGCUUUCUCUGUAUUGCCCUAUGGAGAGAGUUAUCACAUCAGUGACUCUAAACUAGAAGCCCAGAGACAGAGACACUCUUCUGGUGGUGGAGUUGAAAUAGUCCCUGGAUUAGAGGGAGUGGAGGUGGACUUUGGAAAGACAGUAUCAUAUGCCCGUUUUCUGCUCCCAACUAAUGCCUUGGUCAGGCAGAAGAGCAGUGGCCCACCUGACAUCAGUACAGCUCAGACGGCAAUGUCUCGAAACCGUAUCAACGGGCAGAAGAACUUCACCCCUUCCCGAAUCAACAGCACAGUUAUACAAGAUACUGGUUUUCUGUCCUCUUCAGAAGUCAUCAAUAGUCCAACUGCUACAAUGACUGGUGUGGACGAGCUGUCAGACUAUGACCCCAACUUACUCAGUGACCCCCAGUGGCCUUGUGGGAAGCACAAACGAGUGUUAAUUUUUGCAUCUUAUGUGACAACCGUUAUAGAGUAUGUGAAACCGUCUGACUUGAAGAAAGACAUGAAUGAGACGUUCAAGGAGAAGUUUCCUCACAUAAAGCUAACACUAAGCAAAAUCAGAAGUUUGAAAAGGGAGAUGCGCUCAGUGAGCGAGGAGUGUGGCCUACAGCCAGUUACCAUAGCGAUGGCCUUUGUUUACUUUGAGAAGCUGGUUCUGCAAGGGAGGUUGAACAAGAAUAACCGAAAGCUGGUGUCUGCCGCCUGCGUUUUACUAGCUGCCAAGAUUAGCAGCGACCUCAAGAAACAAGAGGUCAAGCAACUGAUUGAUAGGUUGGAGGAGCGUUUCCGGAUAAAUCGCAAAGAGUUGAUUUCCCUGGAGUUCACGGUUCUGGUUGCCUUGGAGAUGGCACUCUACCUCCCGGACAGCAAGGUCAUGCCUCACUAUCGCAGGCUGGUACAGCAGGGCUGAAAUGGAGAGGGCCCUUAAAGGGAUAGUCCACCCCAAAAUGAUUUACUCACCCUGAUGUUGUUCCAAACCUGUAUGACUUUCUUCUGCAGAACACACACAAAAAAAUAGAUAUAUAGAAGAAUGUUGGACCAUCCAAACCAUUUUGGUUACCAUUGACUUCCAUUGUAUGGACAAAAAACACUGAAACUUUCUCAAAAUAUUUUCUUCUGUAGAACAUAGAA